UAUGAAAUAAAUUUUCUAUUACCGGUAAUCACUUCUCUUCAUGAAAAAAAAAUUUUGCAAUAGACGCACCCAAGGCCAAGUUACACUUUUAAUAGCUGAUCGAAAUCGCACAAAAAAACCGUUUUCCUGCUAUUUUUUAUUACUAAAAGAGAUCAAGAACAAAGAAUGAAUCACAGUUAUCAAUUGUAUUAAGAAGUAAGCCAUGCCAUUUUGACGCAAUUCGCAUAACUUUAAUUUUUACACUUUGUCCCGCUAGUUGAGUGAAUCCGACCUGUGUGUGCCGUUCGGAGUCGGCGUAAAUCUGUAGGUCCUUGCCCUUUGUGUGAUAACAUCGAGGCCCUUCAUUUUCAUUUCUGCAUAUUUCGGUAAAUUUUUGUGCCUGUAAAUUCAAAGAUUCUUACAUAAAAGUCUUGCGGUGACCGUUAAAAGUCGUUGAAAUAGCUUAACUUGAAAAACAAACAACAACAAAGGACAAAACAGACAAAUGUUGCAAAGCUUGCGUCGACAUUACCACCUCCUUACAUGCAAAAAUGUCAUGGCAACCAAAUUUGUUUGGUCCGACCACACCGUGUAGGGCCAGACUAGUUGUGCUUUAUCAAUACCCAACUUCCAAUCGAAGGAAAAACGUUUACUGGUAAGUAUUCGAAAUGACACUUUACUUCGACACAAAAGUUGAAUUUCUAGACUCCGAUGCCGUAAGUACCAUUGGAAACUGGCACCUCAGCGAACCUCUAUUUGCUGUUGCUUCGUACAGCCAAGAACGCGGUGGAUCAAUAACCAUUUUUACUGAUUCGGGUGAGCCACAGCGUGAUGUCACCUAUCCCGUGCAUCCCACUUCCCAAGUGUCAGCGCUUGCUUGGCAUCCGGAAAAAGUUUUGCUGGCAACAGGCUGGGAAAAUGGUGACAUACAUGUUUGGUUUGCCGGCCAUCGUGAAUUUGCUAGCGUCCACGGUCCACAUAAAGCAGCGAUUGUAUUGUUGGAUUUUAGCGAACAAGGUGGUCGCAUGGUAACCGCUGAUUCAAUGGGUUUACUUACCGGCUGGCGUUGCGAUGGCCAAUAUCAAUUCUUAACCAUGUUUUCGCAUGAUCUGCGCGAUUUGUUGCUGCAUAUCACAUUUCGGCGCACCAUCGAGAGUGAACUACGUGAGGAAAUGGUAAACUUAGCCAAGGCGGCUGUGGCAGGCGAUGAUGAUGCCUUGGAUACGCUCACCAAUUGGAGGCCGCGUACAGCAGCAAGAAGCAUGACCCACGCUGGGGUGAAAGAUAAUCAUUGCUUUUAUGUGGGUACGCAAAAUGGACUUAUGUACUAUAUAAACCAGAGUGGCACCUGCACGGAAGUGCUCAAGAAUAAUUCUGUACCCGUUAUGCAAAUGCUGUGGCAUCCGAAGAAAGACGCGGUUAUUUGCCUAAUGGAGGAUAUGACCAUCGCUUUGUAUUUGGUGGAGUCGACCGGUAUAUUAACAGAAUUAGAUCGGGUUAAGCUAAGUGGCAACUUAUCCGGCAAGGGAGGUGUCAUUUCGUGGGCUGGCAAUAGUUUGGCGAUUAUAACGGGAGACUUAAGCGUGCGCGUAUGGGAUAUUGAAAAAAGUGAUAACUACUUGUUAAAAAUGGACCUCCCUAGUACUGCCGUCUCCGUGUUGGCUACUUCAAGCAGCCUCGACGUCAAUUCGGCUAGCACAAAUUUUUUAAGCAACGACAGCAACGAAAAGUCCUCUACGCUGAAUAGCCGUAAAUUACAGAAGUUCAUGCAGCCAACAAACGAGCUCUUCACUUGUCUUGCCUACAGUACAGGCAGUCAAACGCUUUGUGCUGGCACGAAUCAAGGUAAUGUCUAUACCUGGAAGCGUCGUGUGGGACAGCUCGAAAUGCCCGAGGAUUAUUGGCAAUUGACAAAUAUUUCGACAGUACGUGGCGCCGUUAAGCAAUGUAUUUGGGGCUUUAAUGAGCUAGCUAAGCCUUGUAUGCUGAUUAAUUGUAUCUCGAAUGUUUACGUGCUAAAGGAGCAACCACUCCUAUCCCUUCACACACGUGAUCUGUGGGCUGUGCAACGGAGUGCAAAGACCAUUUAUUUGGAACAUGCGAUUGGCAGACACUCGUUUAUACAAGCCGAAUUCGCAAUUACUGCUUUAGCGCUCAAUCAACUGAAUUUAAUUAUUAGUAAUGGUCGUGCUAUAUCCACUUAUAGUAUAGAGAAAAUCCAAAAGGUCCAUGAUUACAGAAUAGAUGAAUAUGCGGAUGAGAGCGCAUCUGCCGAAAAUAACGAUAAAGACCGAAAUCUUAAUGUUAAACUAAUACAAACCUUUAAUGCCGAAUGUUUGGGCUUGCACUUACAAAAUCAGAGCAUAUUUUGCUUGAAUUCGAAUGAGGUGAUGAUAUACUCUAUUGGAGGAGUGGUGCUUAAUAAAAUCUUGGCAAAUGACAACGAAGGAAAAAUUAUUGGCAUGGACAUCACUGGGACCUAUUUAAGUGUGUUCACUAUGAAUGGGUUUAUUAAAACUUAUGAUGUAUCUCGCCACGACCCCAAGCCUAUGUUCCCUAGUAAAUCCGGUUACGAUUUGUUUGAUGAUUUCGGUGAAGUAAUUUUAGUAAAAUGCAACACCGCUGGCACUCAUUUAGCGGUUGUUAUCGCCAAUCGCAGUUUUGCCCCAAAGCCGGUCUUAUACUGCUGGAAUUUCGAACGCAAUCAAUUGAUGGAACACAAGCUGGUAAAUGGUGCGGAGGAAAGCAACAUCAAAUCAUGCAUGCCCGUGAGUAUAUAUUGGGACACAGAUGAGCCACGCCUGCUAGCUAUUGAGGUCAAGUCAAUGCAACAAACACAAGAGGGAAGGCAAACGCCCAAGUCCGGGAAAACACCGACGACUAGCAGUAACAGUAUCGAAUCUGAAGUUUUAGUUUUGUUUUUUUCGGAUAAAAACAAAUUAAAUGUGCUAGAAAGACGUUUACUGGGCUUAGGUGAGCAAGUGAUCAACCUAUGCGUACCGAAUGUGAUAACCUUAGAUACAAGUAUCGUAAAAGAGCGUCCGCUGCGAGAUUUUGUCGAUCUCAAGAAAUGCGAUGAAAAUACGCGUAAGAUGGUUUUAAAUUUUAGUCUCCACAUUGCCGAGGGUAACAUGGACUUAGCCUAUCGUUGCAUACGUUCCAUUCAAUCACAAACGAUUUGGACAAACUUAGCCAAGAUGUGUGUUCAAACUGGUCGCCUAGAUGUGGCUAAAGUGUGUAUGGGUCAUUUAGACAAAGCACGGUCAGUACGUGCUCUACGGCAAGCGAUGGUAAACGAUGAUCUUGAAGAAGAGGCAAAGCUUGCAGUGCUCGCCACCGAACUGGGCAUGUAUGAUAAAGCAAUUGAAUUGUACAAAAAAUGUGGUAGGCACGAUUUAUUAAACAAAUUGCUUCAGGCGCGUGGAAAAAUUGACGAGGCUAUAACCAUCGCUGAGACAGAAGAUCGUGUUCAUUUGAAAAAUACAUAUUUUCACAAGGCACAACAGCUGAAAGAGCGGGGCGAUGUAAAAGGAGCACUGGAAUAUUUUGAAAAGUCUCAAAACCCUGUACAGAAUAUAACACAAAUGCUUUUGGAUAAUCCCUUAGCAAUGAAACGUUACAUGCAAAAUUCUACCGAUCCAAAAAUGCUAAAAUGGUGGGGUCAGUAUAUUGAAAGCUCAGGUGAUAUGGAUGCCGCAUUGGCUGUAUAUCAAAAGGCCGAGGAUUGGUUUUCACAAGUAAAAAUUCUUUGUUAUUUGGGAAAAAUUUCGAAAGCAGAUGCCAUAGCAAGGCAAUCAGGAGAUCGUGCUGCCUGUUACCAUUUAGCACGACAUUAUGAAAACGUUGGCAAGUUUCAGGAAGCCAUUAUGUUCUAUACACGCGCCCAAACAUUUAGCAACGCCAUUCGAAUUUGUAAGGAAAACGAUUUUCAGGAUGAACUCUGGACGGUUGCUAGUUCUUCACGCAGUCGCGAUAAGGCCAUUGCUGCGGCAUAUUUCGAAGAAUGUGGCUCAUUCAAGCGUGCAGUGGAGCUAUAUCAUCGUGCUGGCAUGCUCCAUAAGGCAUUAGAAAUGGCAUUUGAAUCGGAGCAGCCCGAGGUACUAGAAAUAAUCGCUUCAGAGUUAACUUUUAACUCUGACUCGGAGUUGAUAAAUCGUUGUGCAGACUUCUUUACAAAUAUUGAACAACAUCAGAAAGCUGUCUAUCUAUUGGCAAAGACGAAGCAUCUGAAACGAUCUUUACAGAUCUGUAUGGAGAAGGGCAUACCGAUCACCGAAGAACUUUGUGAGAUGUUGACGCCCAGCAAAAAUGAGCUGGAUGAGGUGACUCGAAUUGAAAUUCUAACACAGCUGGGAGACUUACUCCAGCAACAAGGUGACUAUCAUACGGCUACAAAGAAAUUCACACAGGCCGGCGACAAGGUGCGCGCUAUGAAGAGUUUACUUAAAUCGGGCAGCACUGAAAAAAUAAUAUUUUUUGCGAAUAUGUCACGUCAACGGGAAGUAUAUAUCAUGGCAGCGAACUAUUUGCAGGCGUUAAAUUGGCAAGAGGAUCAGCAUAUACUUAAGCAUAUUGUAACGUUCUAUUCGAAGGGUCAAGCAUACGAUUCUUUAGCAAACUUUUAUGCCAUUUGCGCUCAGAUUGAAAUCGAUGAAUAUCACGAUUACGAGAAAGCUUUGAAGGCAAUGCAUGAAGCUGCUAAUUGCUUGAAGAAACUUGGACAUUCCCAACAUGCUCUUAAUAAUUUGGAGAGGACUAUAGGGGACGUGAAAAAAAUCUUAGAUAUUCAAAAUGCAUUGAAAAAUGGUGAUCAUCAGGCAGUCAUCUCAGGCUGUAGAACUAUGUUAAUCAAACCGGAAACACCACCGAUACGUCAAGCAGACAUUCUAGCCAUGUUGGUUCGUGCCUUGGCUUAUUCUAAACAGUGGGCCGAAGCUGGCCGUUCUUUAAAAGAAUUAGCCAUGAAGGAAAAUGCCUGGAGUACAAUUGGUCUGGUCGAUAAAGCUUUGGUGCAAAAGAUAACAAAAGAAUGUAAUCUAGAUUUUGAGAUUAUUUGGAAUACGGGCCGAAGAAGAGUAAAUGUUACAGACGAUGAAACUGAGCGCGACAAAGAAGAGGAAAUAGAAGAAGAAUUGCAUUGAUGCAAAUAAUUUGAAUGCGUUAUUUUAUAAAACUAAUAAAAAUAUAUGUUAUACAAAUGUCA